AUGUUCAUCCUGCAAGGCAAAUACGUUUUGUCUCAAGCGAUGGACAGCCCCAGCCCAAGCGCCGUCGAGUCAAUGCGGCGUAAGCUUGCCUUCGUGACAAAUGUUCUUUACGGGGCUAACCGUAGCCUUAUUGGUGGAUUCUAUAGGUGUCGGACAUGUCGCAAGCGGAAAAUAAGAUGCUCUGGUGAACAGCCAGUGUGUCAAACUUGCGUGGAUUACAAACAUGUCUGUUUAGGAUAUAGCGAACCCUCGACUCACGUUCGGACGCAUUCAGAAAACGCAUCACAAACGCCCAGCCUCACCCCUCUACCCUCUGCUAAUGAGAGACCAAAUCCUCGAACGGUCAAGAGUCAAAGUCCAGAUGGUCCUUCACAGUAUAAACAACCCGCAGGCGGUGGCCUGGACCGGAAGGUCGAUCAUGCAAGCUCUCAGGAUGCCCUUGCAUCGAGAGAAACACCCUCGAGCAACAUCCGUGAGUCGGAGCACAAUACAACCGGAGCAAGUCCGGAAAGCAGUCGCACCUCCCUAAGCUCAAGCCAUCGCACCCACGUUCCUUAUUUUAGAUAUUUUGGGCCGACAGCCAUUGUUCCCGGCUUCAAACAGAUGGUAGUACAGGUGCGCGGGUCUCGCAAAAGCAAUACGUCGUUGUCUUCAGUGUUUUCGCUUGCUUCUGACGGUUCGAGCGAUAUCAUAGAGUCCCUUUCGCCUCUUCGAAGUCCAAAGUCUGCAAACGUGGGCAUCGGUCAUAUAGAUUCGUUGAUCGAUAACCGUGAGUUCCGAGACGCGAAUACCAUUCCGUUCUAUGACCGAGAAGAUACUUUACCUGUCAGCAACCUGGUCAUGCACCUUUGCGACUUGUUCUUCGUUCAUCUGGGCUGCAGUUUCCCAUUCUUGCAGCGAGAUCGGUUUCUUCGCGACCUAAAGGAUAAGAAAGUUGAUACCAUGCUCGUUGACGCAGUCUGUGCUUUGGCUGCGAGAUUUUCGCCACACCCACUACUGGGCCCUCCUCAGGCGCCGUCUAUCGAUGGCUCAGAGUUGCAGACUGACGUGAAGAACUCAGACCGCGGUCAGGCAUUUGCCCAUAGGGCAAUGGGCGCCUUGGUCGACUCGCUUUCAUGCCCCACGCUUUCUGUUGUUCAAGCCUGUCUUUUGCUGGCCUACGAACAAUUCGGAUCGAAUCAUGACAGUGGUCUCUGGAUGUAUCUAGGUAUUGCCAUUCGAAUGGCUCAGGAUCUUGGAAUGCAGAAGCUGCAGGGACUGCAACACAGCUAUGGGCGGAGGGGCGUGACUCCAAGUGCAGUUGUGUCUGGACGGGCAGGGCAGCUACGGGAGGAAGAAUAUGAUCAAUGCGAUGAUGCUCAAGUUCCUUUAAGCCCCAGCGCCGAGAUGAAGCAUAGUGAGGACCAUCGCGCCUGGGAGCGUGGAAAAGUCGACACGUUCUGGAGUAUUUUCUUCCUGGAUCGUGUAAUCUCCUCUGGUACUGGGAGGCCAGUCACGCUACGCGACGAGGAAAUAGAGUUAUGUUUCCCGCUACAGUCGGAAUCGAAACUAUCGAACGGCUGGCCUGCACCGUUCCCACCACUCAUUCGCAUAAUACACCUUUACGGAAGAGUGACGGAUCUGAUCAAUGGUAUUCAGGAUGCAAACCAUGUCACAACAGAGACAUUGAAGAGACUUGCCGGGAUGGAAAGUGAUCUGACAGGCAUCUACCAGCGAUUGUCACCCAGACUGCAUUUUAAUGCGGCCAAUUUCCAGGCGUACGUGAAAGCGAAAGAAGGAACAAAUUUCAUACUUCUCCAUUUUUGGUUUCACACCCUCAUCGUCCUCCUUCACCAACCGACUCUCCUGAAUUCGUUCGGCGGUACAAUACAGCAUCUCUACCCAAACAGCAGAGAAUUGUCGAUGUCCUCAGCCAAGACAAUAGCCGACAUUCUAUCUUUCUCUGAGCUUGUUGAUGGGAAGAGCUUUAUCGGCAAUCCAUUCACGAGUCAGCCAAUGUACAUCGCUGCUUGCGCCUUUCUCAUGGAGAGCGCAUAUUAUUCGUCGCCCCCUUCGAGGUCGGGUUCCCCUCCGUGUCAACCGCUUCUCAAUGACCAGUCUAGUGGCUUCGUGAUGCCAAACAUGGACUCUCCUUCGGGACGAAAGUCGAGCGCUAAGCAUAUACUUCUCGCUUCCGCUGCCCGAGAAAACUAUCAGCGGUGCUACAAAGCCCUCAAGGCUCUUGAGACAUAUUGGGAGGGUACUAGGUAUAUUCUAACCGUUCUAGAUCAGAAGGCUAAGGGUAUCGUUGAUCCAUUACUCUAUACUGAAGAGGAGAUGGAAAAUGCAACUGAGACAUUUCCACUUCCGCCCUCCGCAGCUUCCACCUACCGACAAGCAAAGUCACCAUUGAGUGCCACUAUUGAGCCAAAAAAGGCUGCAAGUGCUGCAAAUUCCUCUGCACAAGGCAGAAUAUCACCGAGGAUUGACCCGGGGCAAGCCAUUGGAUGGGCUCUUACUGGAGCCACCAACUCUUCUCAACCAAAUCUCAGCUUGUUAUACCAGAUGCCAGCUUCCCAAGCCGAUUAUGACUCGAAUAGACCUACCUAUUCUUCUCAGUAUAGUCACAGCUACCCCAAUCUGUCGGCUCAAGGUUCGAGCUCGUAUACGCAGUCAGUGGAAACGACGCGGGCUUCAGGCGGGGCACGAUGUUCAUCAAUCUCUAAUGGACCCGCGAAAUACGGUUCGCUUGUCCCUCCUGGACGAGUUGCUGCUUCUGAUGUCAAUCUUCUACUGGGCCUAAAUACAUCAUAUUCUAACCGAACCGAUAACACAUCGAAUACUCAACCAACUUACACCCAGGGCCUCACCUCUUCGCCUUCGUCUCAACUGCAACCUCAUACCUCUCACUACAGUUACACCAUGGCGUCUGCACAGAGCGAACGGCAUGCAGGUAGCAGCCAUAUAAACCCACAAUCGACACAUCUACAAUCCAACAUGGGCUCGAACUUCGGUGGGGUCUUUAUAGAAAGCCAGGAUGUCGAUGUGAAUGCUCUCCAACAACAAGAGCACUUUCCAUUUCCCUUCAAUGGUGAAAUUCUACCUUACCUUGAAUAUCUACCGCAAGAUGUCCUCCAUUACUUUGAGGAACAACAAAAUUACCCUCUGAUGAGCGCAGACGAAAAUCAUACCCGACCUUCGGAAUGA